UUUAUUGCCUUUUAGAUAUGAGAGAUCAAAAAGACAAAAAAAACUAGGGACGAGGGUGGGCCUAAAGUUAAACCGCCAUAGUGGGCUAGAUUUGAUUUAAUAUCAAAAUUUUGCAGAUGCUUACGAUGCAAUAACAAAUUAAAAUGCGCAAAAGAUGAUGGUUUCUCCUUUACGUGCAAGAGCUCGCAAUAACCUUGAUGCACUCAGUGCUUUCUUAAAAAGGGCGACUCCAGAGUAGUACAUAACAAGUAAAUGCUAGAUCUAGGUAGGUAGGUAGGUAGGUAGAUGUGCAAAUUUUACAUGGCUAGCCUCACAAAUAUCGAGGGCCAUGGCUUAGAUGGAGAGUCCUAGAGUAUUUAAUGCUCUUUUUGAGCUACGCAGACCCAAUUAGGGCCCGCGCUCUACUAGACAACUCCCGGCAACAUCCAACGGCCCAUACAAGGCCGAGGGCUCCAGAGUGCAACUAUGUCCAAGGGACCGUGUUUUUGUUAUCCUAGGAUAUGCAACCGGUAACCGACCAGUACAAAACAAACAAGAACGAGCGACAAGAUUUCACUUUCUUGCUUUGCUUUUGUUUUUCUUAGUUUUUGAGAAGCAAUUACAAUAAAGAAAGAUGUCUGUAUCAAUGAAAGAUCUACAAUCCUCCUCAGAUGAAGAAGAAGAGUUGGACUACCUUUACAAGCUGUCAAAAAAUGAAACACAAACAAAAAAAGAAGAAGAAUCAAAGCGAAGAUUGCUGCCAUCAUGUUUGCCUAAAAGCAACACUUUCGAUGUUGCAGUAACAAAUAAAAAAAAUGAGAAUGAAAAAAGUGACGAUACUAAAAAAUCAUGGCUGAAAGAACAGGUGUCAGAUUCAAUCAAAAGGAUUUCUACUAGAAUAACACCAACACCAUCUUUAGAUAGCUCUAUGAAUGAUUCCUUCGAUGAAAGUAUACCUGCUGGAGGCAUUUCGAAAACUGUAUCGGAGAGUGAUAUUAAAUCAAAGUUUGAUGCUCUGGAUGGCAAGGAAAAUAUAACAAAAAGACAAUGGUUUAAAGGAAGCUUAAAUAGUUACAUUUCGAAAUCUAAAAACUAUUACUACAAUCGUGGGAGUACCCCAUUAGCAAGUAGCGAGACUUCAUUGAACUGUUCCUUAGACACAUCUACUGAAAAUAACGAAACAAUAAAAUCAGCUAGCAGUAGUGAAAGUUUGAAUAAUUUAUUUUUAUCUAGUUCGCCUAAAUUUUCUGUUGAACAUGACAUUGGAAGGACUUCUCCUAGCGGGUUGCAGAUACAUGAUAGUACGUUAAAGUUAUCCUCUUUAUCUGCAGAGGCAAGUCAUUUGCCUCUUUUUAAGAAAGAAAAACCAUCUUUAACAAUUAAAAAUACAUACUCUAAACAAACACAGCAUUCAAGUCAAAUAGCUUCUAGACAAGACCAACCCAAGGGAAAUAUUAAUUCCAAUUUAAUUACUUCAAAAUUGACAUUUUCGGAACUACUCCAUUCAAAUUCUAAUCCAUCCUCUCCAACAAAAAGUGCCGAGACUGUUGACAUGUGUAAGGUGGCAGAACCUGCGACAACACCAUCGAAUGAAGAUUUUACGGAUAUAGAAAUUGAUAUUUUAACUGAUAAUAUUGUGAAGGAAGAUUUAAAGUAUCACUUACGACCAAACAGUGGUUCAUCAGUGACUUUUUUCCAUCUUUGGGUCUCUUCCCUUUUUAUGUAUAGUUAUUUCAUGCAUAGUUUUCCGAUAUUUCUUUCUGGUGCUGUUGCAGGAGCUAUAGUGACUUAUCUGGUGGGUUGUCUAACAGUUUGGUUACUUUGCCCGUCAGCAGAAUCGUAUGAUCAGUAUCGUAGUGAUCUGAAAAGAUUUUUAAUCGAUGAUGCCAAAACAAGUAGUCAACCUCAUGUUAUUAAAGACUUGCCAAAGCCAGAAGUACUGCAGAAACCAAGGGAUCUAAAGGGAUGGAUCAAUCUCGCCUAUGUUUAUAAUAACACAUAUGAAAAAGAACUGGUCAAAGAGGUUUUUGUUGUGGUACAUGAGGACACCAUGUUUAUUUUUUUAACUAAAAAGAAAAUCGAAGAAACUGCACCAAAUACUAAAAUAAAGAAAACCUUGAAAAAUCGACCAAAGAAACAGAUGUCCAUACAAGACACCGAGGAGGAGCAUGUUAUUACCUUUAAAUAUGAAUAUCGUAUUGAUUUACAAAAAUGUUCGCUCCAUCUUACGCCUGACGAUUUACCAAUUAGACGUAUCUGGAAUAAGAAAUAUCCAUUAUUGUUGACCAUUCCAGGUAAAGCGUUGAAAAAGAGAGAAAUUACAUUACGUUUUGAGCAGCUUACGUUAGAUUUAAAUGAUAUUAUUAAUGGGAUGAUGGAUGAUAACUUUGUAAGUGAAAAUUUUUCUUCAAGCAAUGCAACGGAGGAGUUCUUUUUGUUUGGAAACACUGGAAGAGAAAAAGAGGAUUGGUUUUACAGAAUGCAAUUGUGUAUAGCGCCAUUGAAACAUCAAGUCUCCUUCGCAGAUCUUCGUAAGCAGCGCAUAUCAAACAAACCUUCCAACUCUUAUUCGCACUACAUUACCGAAUUAAUCACAGAAAGUGAGAAGGUGAUGCAACGUAAUGCUAAGGGAAAAAAGAUGGAGCCCUAUUUGGCAUGGUUGAAUAUAUUUCUGGGGCGUGCGUUUUGGGAUUUCUGGCAUGAUAAAUACUGGACUGAUAAGCUGCACCAAAAAAUUCAAAGCCGUUUAAGCAAGAUUAACACUCCCCCUUUUAUAAAAGAUAUCAAACUAAAAGAUUUGAAUUGUGGUCAUAAUAUCCCCAUCAUUCAUAAAGGCUCACUUCCUGUACUUGAUGAGUAUGGAGUGUGGACAGACCUUCAAAUUACAUAUAAGGGUUACUUUACACUAACGUUAGAAACUCAACUAAAUGUAGAUUACUAUGUUGGUCUUGUGUCAGGUAUUGUGAAGCAAAAGUCUGGUAACGACUCACAGUUAUCAAAAAUGACGAAGCUGUCUGAUUUACAUGCAGAUACUAGUUGUGAGGAUAUAGAUACUGAUAAAGAAGGCCAGAAAGAGGCUGCAGUCAGUGAUUUGGAUUACGAAGACGAUAACUUUCACGACGAAAUACCUGAUGUUUAUUUCGAUACUAACGAUACUACCGAUGGCAAGAUAGAAGAUGAUGCUGACCCUGUCAUGUCGGAUCCUAGGACAAAGGCCUUUUUAGAAAGUCGUGCUGGUAAAAAAGUUGUAGGUUUGGUUGGCUGGCUCGCUAAGUCAAAGUUGGCGAAAAAAGUAGCCGAAACGGAUUUCGCAAAAAAAGCUUACGAGAAAGCCUAUGAGAAAUUUCGUAAAAUGCCAAUCAUUUUAAAAGUAGAAAUACAAAGUGUGAAAGGAAAUUUAGCUGUGAAUAUCCCGCCUCCACCCACGAACAGACUGUGGUAUGGCUUUCGAAAUAACCCAGUUAUCUUUAUCACUGCAUCUCCAAAAGUUGGAGAUAAGCAAGUCCGCUUGAAUUAUUUAACUAGUUGGAUCGAGAAAAAACUAAAAGAAGAGUUUAAGAAAUAUUUAGUUUUACCUAGCAUGCAAGACAUUUCAAUAAAACUGAUGGAUUCUCAGUUGCAAGAUUUGUAUCCAGACAGACCGAUGUCGUAAACGAUGAACUCUGUAAAGAUGGUCGCCCUCCUACUUUUCUGCCAUUUUUUUCGUGAUAAACCUCUUGAUCGAGUAUUUUUAGUUUGAUUUAUAGAUUUUUUUUUCACUCUUAACGUUUCGUAGCUAUGCCGUGGUUGCUAUUUAGUUAAAAAUCUACACGUUUUCCUCGUUGAUUACUUUUACUUGCUAUGCACCAGACCGGGCUGGUCCCGUCUUUAUAAAGCAAGUUAGACCUUGGAGGAGACUGAGGAAUAAUUUUUAAAUUUCAACAGUAAAUGUAGAUGAAAUAACUAAAUGUCUAACUAGAAUGAACUUUAAAAACAAAAAAAUAUAUUCUAUAGCUGCUGA